AUGAACGCCACUGAGAUUUCUUUCGGGAUGGUGAUGCUGUUGCAGAUCAGUAUUGGAGUCGCAAUGAACGCAUUCCUCCUCCUGUUUUACACCCGCAUGGUCUCCAGUAACCCCAAGCGCAGCUUCUCCGACUUAAUCCUUGCCCACCUGGCCUUGGCCAACACCAUCAUUCUCCUCACCCUUGGAGUCCCAGAGACCAUAUCCAUUUGGGGUCUGAGGAAUUUCCUCGGCAACGUCGGCUGUAAAGUCCUCAUUUACCUUUAUCGGGUGGCCCGGGGCCUGGCCAUCUGUACCACCUGCCUCCUGAGUGUCUUCCAGGCCGUCACCAUCAGUCCCACCACCUCCUGGUGGGCCGGAGUCAAAGCCAGAUUACCCAGGUACGUCCUCCCUUCCUGCACCCUCGCCUUGAUCCUCAAUAUGCUGGUAGAUUUCGACACAACCCUGUUCAUGACAGGCCCCCAGAACGGCAGCAGGGUGAGGAUGAUAUUGGAUCUCAAAUACUGCUCGAAGGUCAUUGAGAGCGUAGAGACCGCCCUGGUGAUUUCGGUCGUGCUCUCCCUGCGCGAUCUGCUCUUCGUGGGCCUCAUGAGCCUGUCCAGCGGCUACAUGGUGUUUGUCCUGCACAGGCACCACGGGCAAGUCCGACACCUUCGCCGGCCCGGCCACUCCCAGAGGGCGGUGCCUGAGGUCAGGGUGGCCAAGAAGGUGGUCGCCCUGGUGGCCUUCUACGUCCUCCUUUACGGGCGACAGUCCGUCACUCUGAGUGUUUUACUAAACACGAGAGGACAUUUUCCUUUGCUGGUGAGUAGUCAUAUGGUGUUGUCAUUCACCUUCUCGGCCCUAAGCCCGUUCCUGGUGAUGCACGGCGACCGGAGAAUGAGAACGUUCUGGAGGAAGGGCCCUCCUCUGUCCAACGUGGAUGACUCCUAG